GAGCUGCUUCCCCGGCCUCCUGCCGAACCAGGCUGCGACUGCCCCGGGCGAUCCUGUGCACACCCCGCUGUGGAUCGUGUCAUUCACACAGAGGAGAGCGACAAGGAGACACACAAGGGACCCCAGGAGGAGGCUUUCAUCCCGUCAUUGCAGGAUGUUCUGGAAGCUCUCACUGACCUUGCUGCUAGUGGCUAUGCUGGUAAAGGUAGCUGAAGCCCGAAAGAACCGGCCUGCGGGCGCCAUCCCCUCACCGUACAAGGAUGGCAGCAGCAACAACUCGGAGAGAUGGCAUCACCAGAUCAAGGAGGUGCUGGCCUCCAGCCAGGAGGCCCUCGUGGUCACCGAGCGCAAGUACCUCAAGAGUGACUGGUGCAAGACGCAGCCUCUGCGGCAGACCGUGAGCGAGGAGGGAUGCCGCAGCCGCACCAUCCUCAACCGCUUCUGCUAUGGCCAGUGCAACUCCUUCUACAUCCCGCGGCACGUGAAGAAGGAGGAAGACUCCUUCCAAUCCUGCGCCUUCUGCAAGCCCCAGCGUGUCACCUCGGUCAUCGUGGAGCUUGACUGCCCCGGGCUCGACCCACCUUUCCGAAUCAAGAAAAUCCAGAAAGUGAAGCACUGUCGGUGCAUGUCCGUGAAUCUGAGUGACUCUGACAAGCAGUGAACUCACCAGGGCAAGAUGCAGCUCAACCCUGAGCAUCCUUGCCCCUGGGUCACACCACCGCCACUUCUGUUGAGCUCACUCACACUCUGCCUGGUGUCCCUGUCAGCAGCAAAUGCAUCUCUUAGGGCUAACAGUGUCCUUGUCACAAAUGUGGACCGCAAGUCGACAUGUCCCAGAUCCACCCCGGGCCACACUCAUGUUUCCAAAUCCAGGCUGUGGAUCGGGCGCAGAAGAUGUUGGAAAACACUCUCAGAAACUAGACAGGACUUUUCAGGUGAUGCACUGUCAAUCCGGGAUUGACGUUUCCACCAUGUGGAAAAGCCAGCCUUUCCCUGGCCACAUCUUACACUCCAGCUCGACCCUUCCUGGUGAAGAAUGCACCACUCUUCUGUCGCAAACUUCUGUUGGCCACCAGACCUCUGUGGUGUGGGCAUUCAUUCUUCUGAUCUGGGAGCUGCCGGGCUCUAUGGCUGUUGUGAUGCCGAUAUGGGCAGCAUCCAUAAAGGAGAUGCUCACCCUUAAGGGGGUCUCCAAACAAACCUGAUACCUACAAGGACAAGGCAAGCUAAGUGGAUCAGGAAAUGACUUCCCUAGGAACUGUACUCCGCAGGCCAGACGCUCCACACCCCUAGACACCACCUCUUUUCUUGCUCCUCAUAGGCCCCAUCUGUGGACUCAAGAUGAACUCUGGUGCACACGCCAUUAGCCUGUCACCACACAAAAGGUCUCUGUAUUAAUGUCAGUUUUAUAAUUGAUCCAUUGUGUAAAAAGCUGUUAAAAGUAUUAUCGACCUAUUCAUGUAUCAACUCACGUGUUUGGACUUUGGCUUUGCAGCACCAUUCUGAAUAGAGAGUAGAGCAGGGAGUGAUCUAUAGAAAAGGUAUUUUACUGAGAAAUACCGCCAGGACAGCCAUUCACUGCCACAUACCUUUUAUCAGAUUGAACAGGGAGGAGGGACAUGUCGUGAUUUUACUUUGAAUAUGAUAUCACCAAAGACACUAAAGCAUUGCAGCAUAGUGUAGAAAUUGGAUUGGGACAGAUGGUGUAUACAGAGGAGUCAUUGGGAAGUGGUAAUGCUUGAUACACACAUGUGAAAUGAGACCUGGUAUUGCCUUCACUGCCAUAACACUAAGCAAAAAUAUUUUCUACUAAAAGCCAUUUAAGAAUAUAUGGAAUUGAGACACGUUGUGGCACAGGCAGAAAUAAGAGGUAAAUAUAGAUGGUAGUAAUGUAGUUAAACUCAGAAAAUAGCUUCCUUUCCAAAGAAUAGACUUCUAAAAAUAUCAAGAAACCUAGGUCACCUUUCAACUUUGUGAUGAGUUGUUGAAGUCUCUGUAGUGUGGUCUUUUGAUGUGAGGACAUUAAUUUGUUUUCUUCCAAAAUUACACUCAAGUUCAAUCGCUUUGUGCAAUGGUCCCUGUGAAUGACGUGUAUGGAAUCUGACAAAUGUGAAUGAGAAGAAGCCGUUGGCGGGAAUCAGAAUAUGAAUAUUCUUUAGUAGGUAAUUUCUAAGUGCACGCUCUUGCCCAGGAGUGGGUUUCCUGGUGUGAGAGAGACUGUCCAUAAGCUGCUCUGAGACUCAGGCUUCCGGACACCUAAUAGUGGUGCUGGUUCUCCAGCGUGCCACCUAGAAAAGAGGAUUGGGGUGAGCUGGGGUUGGGAAGGGGUGUCAGUGACUCUCUUGCCUGCGUUGCAGUGCAAGUUUUCUGGUUUAUUUACUUCUGCGACCCAGUAAACCCUGAGCACAGAUCGUGUGGUUCUGAAGGGGAGAUUAGCUUCAGAAAUGGUCGUGCACAGCCUGGAAUCAGGAGAGAGAAAGAAGAAGAGUGGAGAAAAUGCAGAAGGCUGGAACACCUGGGAUGAAGGCAGAACGUGAAGAGGGUGGCCAAGGUCAGAGCUGCAAUUUCACGUUUAGUAGAAAACCUCAAGCUAGAGCCAGGGCAGAAUACGCAGCAGAGAAGCUGUGAAGUACAUCUGAGUGUCCUUAAUGGAGGAUGAUGAAGUAUAGCAAGAGGGUAGAGGAGGAGAGUCUCACACCCAGCUGCAAGGCCAACCCACAUCAUUUUAUUAACAGGAUCCACACAAGCAGAGGAAGAGUUAAGCUAGCAACCCACAAAGUAUACACGUUAGCACUCUUUUUGGUCCCAGUCAUGGGUGUACCCAUGAAAACAAUAUGAUACGCUGUGGUCUGAGGCUACUUCUUGGGUUUUUGUUUGUAUAAUGUUUACCUUUGAGUGGCUCAAAUUGUAUUUAAAUUUUGUCUUGUUUAUAAAUGAAGAAAAGCUAUAAGUAUAAUGUAAUUAUUUUAUAGGUAUACUAUUAAGUUAUAGAACAAAUAAAGAUACUCUAGGAUUAUAUGUGAUCCUGGUGUCAUGUGCCAUAAAAGCUGAAUUCUGCACUUGUAUCCUUGGGUAGCGAAGGAUCUUUCUUGGUGCACUCAGAGUGCAUUUAUCCAGCCUCUGGGAGUUCACCCCUGGCCCAUGUCACAAACUGUCCUUGGGGGCUUAGGAUCUUCUCAGAGAAUCAAAAACAAGCAUUGAACAAGCAGAAUUGGUGGGGAUGGCUCUUGGUCCCAGUCUAUAGGAGCUUCUAGCCUUUUCCAAAUCACCCACCAGCUGAACACAGAAUGUACUCACAGUGUUCCCGGAAUAAGAAAUGUUGAAUGAGAACACUCUGAGAAACUGCUGCACAGAAGUCCACUGUAAGUCUUGUCUCUCUUGUAGCCAGUGCACCAAACUUAUGUCUUACAUAAGCCUGAAACUGUGUUGAGUUUUGCUUAGUUUUACGUUGACUUUCCACGGAUUUCAACGUUUCUUAAUUUAAACACGUCUCAGUUUCACAGUGUUGUCAUUUUCCUGCAAGUUGAAUUAUCUGCCGUUUAAGAAA